AUGGUGCUCGACAUUUUGGCUUGUGCAACUGGCUUGUGGUUUGGUUUGCACAGGGGGCGCAAAAAAUGGAAUGCAAAGACAAAGUUGGCCGCUGCAGUAGAAGCUGCCAAUCCUGACGAGAUGCUCAAGGCAUGUGAUGAGGUUGAAGCCUCUGGUGCAAAUGCUACUGGUGUGCCUGCAGUUCGUCACAUGGCCAGUGUGCUGGGAAGGUUUGCCACUCUAUGUGAGCCCGAUGAAAAUGAAAUAGAGAAAGCCUGUGGUGAUGCUGAAGCUGCAGGUGUGCACGAACAGCAUGUGCAGGCUUUUCGGCAAAAGGCUUGCAUGAUUCACAGAGCUUUGCGAAGAUUGGCGGCUGCUGAACACUCAGGCGACGCAGUCGAAAUGCACGAGGCGUGUGACGAGGCCGAGUCGUCUGGUGCAGCUGCAGGUCGUGUGCAUGCAGUUCGACUGAAGGCAAACAUUAACAUAAUUCGUGCUGCUGACGAAGUGAAUUCUCAACAAUUGGUGGCAAUAUGCUUCGGCCUGAAAGGUUUACAUGCGAAAUUCGGAGCUGAAGAUAGUUUGCACUUGCUAACUCCGCUUGCAGCUACGCUUGCAACGCUGCAGAGCAAGUUGAUAGUUGAUAGCAAAUGUGUGAGUUGCGGCGAAGCUGUGCUUGAAAGCCAGGCGCCAGUAUGCUCACAAGGCACACAUUCCUUGUGUCCAUCAUGCUUUGAGAAGUAUGCUCGUGCGGAGCAAGACCAGCCAGAGGCUGUGAUUCGUCAACGGGGUGCUUUUCUUUUGUGCCCCUGCAGAGCGCCUGCCGAUGCUUGUUGCAACGGUUCUUUCAGCGAGCAGACAAUGGCCAAGUACUUGCCUUCAGAGCUCUUUGACACACAUAUGGCCCUGCAGCGACAGCAAAUCCGUGCAGAAGAGCAUGCGAAGGCAAACCAGAUGCUCAGCAAGCUGGCAGCAGAAUGGGAGCGGCAGGUGCCAGGCCUGUCGGAGGAGCUGCUUGCAAAUCAGAUGAAAGCAGCUUUGCCCGGUGCACAUCAGUGCGGGCAUUGCGGCUUUGGACCGGUGCUGCAUGACCACUGCGACAAUUUGAGCACCCACCACCAUGAAAGCCGUGGCAGGACUCGAAUCAGCAAUGCUUGUCCAAGUUGUGGUCAUUUCAGUGGCAAUAUUUCGGGCUGGCCACGGUGGGAUGGCCGAAUUUGCCACCUUGCCCAAGCGCGCAGCACAAAGGACAGUAGAAUCUGGAAAGAGCAGAUGCGGCGUGACUAUGAACUGGCAGUGCGAAUAUCCCAAACAGCCUAG